GAAUGGCAUUUUGGAUAAAGCAUCUUCCAUCAUACACGCGUGACCUCCAUGAUUUGUCUAACUAGAUGUUUAAUAUAUAUAUAUAUAUAGUGGCUCAAAUAUUCUGCUAUAAUUUGGAGCAGUACGUCAAAUUAGAAGUGUUUACUUAACAGUUUGUUUGAUUGGCUCAAGUGAAGAUUAUAUAUAUAUACACAAGUUUGCAUAAUGCUUGGUAAAGAUGAAGACAGCUCCUUUGCCUCAAUCGCUUAUCGUGGAAAAUGAAUAUAAUAUCCGUCUGGAUGUUUUUCUUCGGGAAGGAAGAAAGCACCUUUGCUGUGUAUUACAUGAUCCAUUGAAAGGAAACCUUCCUAUUGACAAAAAGAAAUUGUAUGCACAUCUUCAGCGCUUCAAGAAAGAGCUAAAACAUUUAAAGAAAGAUCAGAAACAACUUCUAUUUCCUUCAAAUAAUCAAACUGAUUCCAGCAGCUUCGACAUUUCAAUUUUGUGCGACUUAUUCAUUAAUUGCACCAAUGUAUCAAAACCAAUUGGUGGUUGGAGAAAGGAGCCAAAGGAUGAUGAUUUUUCUAUAGGUGCUGAUGUUAUUCGAUUAAGAAAUUUAAGAAAUUUUAUCUUGCAUAAAACAUUGUUUACUUAUCAGGAAUUUUGUGAUGUUUGGAAAAAACUUAAAGCUGUUCUUAAAAGAUUAGGAUAUGAUUUAAACACUGUAAAAGGUUUAAAAUCAGAACCACUAGAUGAUUUAAAAGAUUUAAAAAUUUCUAUCCUUGAAAGUAUUCAAAAAAGACAGGGAGAAAAUAUAGAGCAAUGUCAAGCAGACAUUCAGCAAGACCAAGCUGAGAUUCAAAACAUUAAAUGUAAAGUACAAAGCCACUCAGAGAGAUUGAAUAAGCUUGAAAAUGAUUGCAAGUCCAAAGGAGCAAAGCGAAAAAUAGAAAUCUACCCGGAAAAAAGAGAUUCAACUCAAAGGUUUUACAUUUUUAAGAAUUUUGAACAAGACACUGUUGUUCAAUUUGAUGGUAAUUAUCCUUUGCACAAAGUAGAAGUAUGCAAAAUAGAUCAAGCAAGCUUUGAAGAACUUCAAGAGGGUGUUGAAUAUCACAAAAAAGUUGUAGAGAAAAGACUACAUGUUACUCUUUUCAAAAAUGCUGUAUUUGGUGUUAAAGAAAUUACUUUCAAUUUAGUUGAUGCUACACAUAAAAAAAUAAGAGUGACAAUUAAAGAUGAUGAUCUAGUAUGUGCACACAGAUUCGUUAACAAUUGCAAGCAUUUUGUUGUGUCAACUCACAACUGUUGUGAAAUCUCAUCGGAAAUUGAAAAUAUCAUCAACACAGAGAUAGAAUAUUCAGAUGUUGAAUUUAUCGUUGGUGGAACAGUGCACAGAAAGUCGCACAGUGACUAUAAAGACUACGCUUUGGAGUAUCUUACAAGAUAUUACACGUCAGACGAAAUGUAUUUACAAGAAUCAGUGCAAUUCCCUCCUGUUGUUUUCAAGCAAAAAUGUUCUACAUUUGCUGCAAAACUCAAGAGUAUUUUAGAAAAAACGAAAAACAACUUACUUUUUGUGAUAACACAUUACAACUCUAUGGAGCACUUGAAAUUUUUCAAGUUAGAUUCACAAUUUACAUUGAAUUGCAAAGAAAUAGGCGAUUUUAAUAAUAGGAUUUUGAUUUUGCAUCAAGGCUGUAAUGCUAUCAUCAACAUUCGUUAUACAGAGACAACAGAUGAAUUGUCUAUUCAGCAAGAGUUCCAAAGAGGUGCUGAAGACAUCAAAUGUUUAUGCGCACUUAAUAAAAAACACAUCAUAAAAGGCUCAUUAGAGUUUGUUAAUGUUGUUGUUGCUCCUGAAUUUAAAAUUAGUAAAGAAACAUCUUUUUGCACAGAUUGCCAUUUAUUACAUAACGAUAUUGUAUCAUCAGAAAGAAAAAUGCGAGAUUUUUUUAUUAAGUUAUUGCAACACUCUGAAGUAAUCGGUUCACAGGAAAAUGCUUUUAAUGAGCAAAAGCAGUUUUUGAUUGUUUUAAGCCACAUUGUUUGUUUUAUUGCCACGAAAGAAGCUUUAUAUCCUAUGCCAACACCAAGUAGCAAUAUUGCGGAACAAAUUGGUACCCUGCAUUUAACAAGUGAGCAGCUUCGGUAUUUAUACCAUCCAGAGAAGAAAAAAAUUAUUAUUGGGCCGUUGGGCAGUGGCAAAACUGUUUUAGCAUUGUCCCAUUUGGAGCUGAUUUGUGAAUGUUCUGAAAACAUGACAGCUGUUGUUUACUAUGUGGUUUGGAAGCAUAACGCUUUAGUUCUAAAAAAUGUUGAAAAGUAUGUCCAGCAUGUCACUCGAAAAAGAGAUGUAACUAUUCUUGUAAAAAGCGUUGUUGAGUUGGCGAAAGAGUUGCGUUUCACUAAAGUUCCCAAACUUUCGUUGCUUCUCAAGCGCUUACUAAAGAAUCAUAAAGAUGCAACUGUGCACCUGAUAGCAGAUGAAGUGGAUGGAGAGAUGUUCGACCUAGGGGAAGCAUUGGCUUUAAAGCAUUACAUUGAAAGAGAAAAUAAAGUAAAAGAUUCGAUGAUUGUGCUAUUUCCAGAAUCCCUAGAGAAACAUCGAAGGUUCGAAUCAAGCACCAAUGCACAAGAUCAUGACAAGUUUAAAUAUAAUGAGACAGGUAUGCAUGUAUUGCAGUUAAACAAAAGUAUGAGAACAACAAAAGCGAAUUUUGAAUUUUUGAAAGCAUUUGAAAGAAAAUUGUGUCAACUAGAAAGUAUCAUUGUCCAUCCUGUUAACGAAACAGAAUCUGUUACAAGUUUGCCAAAAGUAUCUACCAAAGAUGAAAAGCCAUUGUUGAAUGAUCGCAAUAAAUCUACAGUCAAAAUGCACAUGCUUCAAAAGGUUUCCACAAAAAAUAAGUCAACAUUCGAACCACCAAUUGAUAUUGACGUUGCAGCUGCUGCAAAUGAUGACAAUACUAUUGGUGAUGCUAAAACAGUAACAAAAUUUAAAUGUAAUUCGGUGGAUGUUAUUGGACAUAACAUCAAAGGCAAAAAACCUAUUUUCUUAUACUUAGAAGGAAAAGAUAAAAAAGAAGAUUGUCUUAUUACAAUGCUAGCCAUAGCUUUAGAACAUAUAUGUCUCAAUCGCUCAGAUAAAAAACGUUUGUUCAUGUACAACAGAACGACGCAAUUAAAUGUAUUUAAUAAAAUUUUAAAUCUUCUGGAUAUGGAAUAUUGUUGCUAUAAUUCAUCUUCAGGAUGGAAAAUCAGGAAACAUGAUGGCACCUUAACCAAUUGGUAUGCUGAUAAUUGUAAUUUGUUAACUGAUCAUGAAGGUUGCCGUGGUUCAGAGGCAGAGGAGUGUUUAUUAAUUGUUGAUCCUAGAGAGAAAAAGCUACAUCAUUUGACCCUGGAAUGCAUGACACGAGCAACUUCGAACUUAGUUUUGAUCUCAAUGAGCAAUAUAUUUGUUGAAGAAAAUGAACCUUCUUCAUUGGGUGGUAUCUUCAAGGAGCUAGCCGAUAUGUAUUUGCAGGUGGUACAUGUUGAAAACAUUGAGCAUUCAAAUACAGAAAAGUGCUAUGUUGCUAAAGAUGGUUUGUCAGGUGGUGUUAAUGUUAAAUCGUGGAAGUAUAAAGACUUUAUGAAAAAGAUCAAAUGUAUGAAAUUUCAUGAAGAAGUUCCACAGAGAGAAAAGAAUAUAAAUGCAGCAAUACUGAGAAACUUUCAGCCUCCUGCCGUGGUUCAAAACUUUACUUGUGCAUAUUCAAGUGAAGCUUGUUGCGAUUUGUGUUGGCUAGACCAAGGCUAUCAUUAUAUCUUGAAAAAGAAAAACGAAACUGAUGGAUAUUGGGAACUAUUGGAAAACACAGCUUCUUCCAAUGCAUAUGUUUUAGAUAAUAUGGUUAUUGGAGAAAAUUACAAGUUUAGUAUUGUAGCAACAAAUUCGUUUGGAGAAUCAACCCCAAUACAGUUGUCAUAUUGCCAUAGGCCAGCAUUACUGUUAAAAGAUAUUUCUACAAACCAGCUAACAAAUUCUGAAAGCCAACCAACAAGUUCUACUAUCCAACCAACAAAUUAUGCAAGCGAAACAACAAGUUCUACUAUCCAACCAACAAAUUCUAAAAGCCAACCAACAAGUUCUAAUAUCCAACCAACAAAUUCUGAAAGCCAACCAACAAGAUCAACGAGUUCCGACUGUAAUGUCAGUUCUAUAGGUUACUUUGAAGAAGAUGGUGCUGAUAGGGAUAGUGAAAAUGUUGACUCUUAUGAGGAUGACAACUAUAUUGGCGAUGUUGACUUUGACCCUGGGGAGUGUAACGAUACCGUUCAUGAUAGUGAUACUGAUAUAAGUAAUAAUUACUCCCAUCUUGAUAGUGAGGAUAACCGUCACACUAAUAAUGGCAACAGGGUUGAUGAUUGUGAUGUUGAUAUGGGGCCUGAUGUAGAUGACGAUAACGAUGAUGAUAUUGAUGUUGACGGUGAUGACAAUGAUGUUGGUAAUGUGAAAAGCAAUGAUGAUGGUGAUUACAACCAUCACAAUGUUAAUUGCCGCAGCAUUUAUGAUGAUGAUGAUGAUGAUGAUAAUGAUGAUUUUGAGUCUAGUGAGAAUGACGAUGAUUAUAAUGUUGUUAGCAACCUGAAAAGCAAUGACGAUGGUGAUGAUAACCAUCACAUCGUUGAUGGCAACAACAGUGAUGAUGGUAAUGAUGAUUUUGUGUCUAGUGAGAAUGACAACGAUGAUGAUAAUAAUGAUGUUGGCAAUGUGAAAAGCAAUGACGAUGGUGACAAUGAUUUUUGGCCUGGUGAGGACGAAGAGGAGGAUGAUGACAGCAAUGGCAGUGAUAACUUUGAGCCUUGCGAGAAUGACGGCGAUGAUGAAAAUGAUAAUGAUGUUGGAAACAUAGACAGCAGUGAUGUGUCUGACUGUGACGAUGAUGGCUACGACGAUGAUGGUAACGACGAUGAUUAUCAAAGAUUAUUAUAUGAAGCAUAUGAUGAAAUAGAGGAAAACCUCAGCGAAGUUGAAGAUGACGCUAAUACCGACAGCAGUGAGGAAGAUUUGAGCUAUCAUUAUGAUUAUGAUUUCGAUGAUAUUGUGUCAAGCUGUAGUGAGUACAAACAGAUGGAAGAAGACGAUGAAGAUAUUUAAAUAAAAAAACUACUUUUGUGAUAAUUUAAGAUGCAAUUAAAGCUAAAAAAGUUUUUUUUAAAGGUUAUAUUUUUAAUUCAUUCUUACUUGAAACAUUCAGAUACAUCUAUUUUACUUAGAAGUUAUU